UGAAUUAAGCAAACCUUUACUUCCUGUGGGAAGAGCUGGGAUCUUAUUUUCUGAAAUACUGCACAUACUAUGCAAACAAAUGGUAAGUUACAUUGUGUGGGCUUUACUCCUCUAGUUGAUUAUUUCUGAAAGAAUGUCUUACCCCUUUAGCUCUUCUGACCUCAGAGAGAAUUUCACACAGCAUCUUUCUCACAGAGAACUGUGUUAAUAUAGCUGUCGGUUAUUUUUGCAUGGCUUUUGUCGCGGUGCGAGUGAGUUACCAAGUGCAUAUCAAGCCAGCAAACCCAUUAACUAUUGGAAGCCAGGGUUCUGACAUGUUGUCCUGUCUGUCUCCUACACAGAGCCAUAGGAAAGUAGGCACCUUGUGGAGAAAGUCAGGCCUCAGCUGGAGUGACUUCCUGCCGGAGGAAGAGGACGUCCUGGAUUUCAUCUCACAGCAGGUUAGUGAGAUAGACACCAUGUAUUACGGCAUGGAGGCAUCCCAACAGAAACAGUUUUACAGCAACCUAACCCUUCUCUCCUCUCUGUCUCCCCUCUUCUCCAUGUCCUCCUCCUGUCAGAAGCUCCAGUUCACUAUGGCGGACUGCUCCAGUCCUGAGGCAGCCCUCUCUGCGACGGAACUGUCCCCAGAGGUGCUCAACCAGCAGCUGGAGAGACUCUUGCUGGAGGACAUGGCCAGUGAUGAGCAGAUCUUUGACUGGGUAGAGGUACAGACUGUAACAUUAAGCCCACCACACAGCUCAGCACAGCUACGUUUGGCUUCGUGUCAUACACAUGUUGGUUUAUAAAUGCAUAGUGUUGCAUAUUUCAAGUGAAGUAACAGAGAUGCAGGCACUGAUAUCGUGCAGCUUUCCCAUGUCUAAGCGGAGCUCCUUUGUGCUCCUCUGAAUGAUAUAAUGGCGCCGGAGGAGAUGGCUGCCGUUUUACGGGCUCCUAACUAAUUGUGCUAUUGUGUUUUUUUGCGUUAUUGAGGAGUACACCACAUCAGUCACUGGCUUCAUCAAUAAGUGCAUUGAUAACGUCGUCCCCACAGUGACCGUACGUACAUACCCCAACCAGAAGCAAUGGAUUACAGGCAACAUCCGCACUGAGCUAAAAGGGUAGAGCUGCCGCUUUCAAGGAGCGGGACUCUAACCCGGACGCUUGCAAACUAUUACGGUCUACAAAGGGAAGCACAGCCGCGAGCUGCCCAGCGACACAAGCCUACCAGACAAGCCUUACUUCUAUGCUCGCUUCGAGGCAAGCAACACUGAAGCAUGCAUGAGAGCAUCAGCUAUUCCGGACGACUGUGUGAUCACGCUCUCCGUAGCCGAUGUGAGUAAAACCUUUAAACAGGGCCAAACGGAUUCUGAGCAUGCGCUGAUCAACUGGCAAGUGUCUUCACUGACAUUUUCAACCUGUCCCUGACUGAGUCUGUAAUACCAAUAUGUUUCAAGCAGACCACCAUAGUCCCUGUACCCAAAAACACUAAGAGAACCUACCUAAAUGACUACCGACCCAUAGCACUCACGUCUGUAGCCAUGAAGUGCUUUGAAAGGCUGGUCAUGGCUCACAUCAACACCAUUAUCCCAGAAACCCUAGACCCACUCCAAUUUGCAUACCGCCCCAACAGUUCCACAGAUGAUGCAAUCUCUAUUGCACUCCACACUGCCCUUUCCCACCUGGACCAAAGGAACACCUACGUGAGAAUGCGACUCAUUGACUACAGCUCAGCAUUCAACACCAUAGUGCCCUCAAAGCUCAUCACUAAGCUAAGGACCCUGGGACUAAACGCCUCCCUCUGCAACUGGAUCCUGGACUUCCUGACAGGUCGCCCCCAGGUGGUAAGGGUAGGUAACAACACAUCUGCCACGCUGAUCCUCAACACGGGGGCCCCUCAGGGGUGCGUUCUCAGUCCCCUCCUGUACUCCCUGUUCACCCAUGAUUGCAUGGCCAAGCACGACUCCAACAUCAUCCUUAAGUUUGCCGACGACACAACAGUGGUAGGCCUGAUCACCAACAAUGAUGAGACAGCCUAUAGGGAGGAGGUCAGAGACAUUACAUUUUUACAUUUACGUCAUUUAGCAGACGCUCUUAUCCAGAGCGACUUACAAAUUGGUGCAUUCACCUUAUAGCCAGUGGGAUAACCACUUUACAAUUAUUUUAUUUUUUUGGGUGGGGUGGGGUAAGGGGGGGUUAGAAGGAUUACUUUAUCCUAUCCCAGGUAUUCCUUAAAGAGGUGGGGUUUCAAAUGUCUCCGGAAGGUGGUGAGUGACUCCGCUGUCCUGGCGUCGUGAGGGAGCUUGUUCCACCAUUGGGGUGCCAGAGCAGCGAACAGUUUUGACUGGGCUGAGCGGGAACUGUGCUUCAGCAGAGGUAGGGGAGCCAGCAGGCCAGUGGUGGAUGAACGCAAUGCCCUCGUUUGGGUGUAGGGACUGAUCAGAGCCUGAAGGUACGGAGGUGCCGUUCCCCUCACAGCUCCGUAGGCAAGCACCAUGGUCUUGAAGCAGAUGCGAGCUUCAACUGGAAGCCAGUGUAGUGUGCGGAGGAGCGGGGUGACGUGAGAUAACUUGGGAAGGUUGAACACCAGACGGGCUGCGGCAUUCUGGAUGAGUUGUAGGGGUUUAAUGGCACAGGCAGGGAGCCCAGCCAACAGCGAGUUGCAGUAAUCCAGACGGGAGAUGACAAGUGCCUGGAUUAGGACCUGUGCCGCUUCCUGUGUAAGGCAGGGUCGUACUCUCCGAAUGUUGUAGAGCAUGAACCUACAGGAUCGGGUCACCGCCUUGAUGUUAGCGGAGAACGACAGGGUGUUGUCCAGGGUCACGCCAAGGCUCUUCGCACUCUGGGAGGAGGACACAACGGAGUUGUCAACCGUGAUGGCGAGAUCAUGGAACGGGCAGUCCUUCCCGGGGAGGAAGAGCAGCUCCGUCUUGCCAAGGUUCAGCUUGAGGUGGUGAUCCGUCAUCCAUACUGAUAUGUCUGCCAGACAUGCAGAGAUGCGAUUCGCCACCUGGUUAUCAGAAGGGGGAAAGGAGAAGAUUAGUUGUGUGUCGUCUGCGUAGCAAUGAUAGGAGAGGCCAUGUGAGGAUAUGACAGAGCCAAGUGACUUGGUGUAUAGCGAGAAUAGGAGAGGGCCUAGAACUGAGCCCUGGGGUCACCAGUGGUGAGAGCACGUGGUGCGGAGACAGCUUUUCGCCACGCCACUUGGUAGGAGCGACCGGUCAGGUAGGACGCAAUCCAAGAGUGAGCCGCGCCGGAGAUGCCCAGCUCGGAGAGGGUGGAGAGGAGGAUCUGAUGGUUCACAGUAUCAAAGGCAGCAGACAGGUCUAGAAGGACAAGAGCAGAGGAGAGAGAGUUAGCUUUAGCAGUGCGGAGAGCCUCCGUGACACGGAGAAGAGCAGUCUCAGUUGAAUGACCAGUCUUGAAACCUGACUGGUUUGGAUCAAGAAGGUCAUUCUGAGAGAGAUAGCAAGAGAGUUGGCUAAAGACGGCACGCUCAAUAGUUUUGGAGAGAAAAGAAAGAAGGGAUACUGGUCUGUAGUUGUUGACAUCAGAGGGAUCGAGUGUUGGUUUUUUGAGAAGGGGUGCAACUCUCGCUCUCUUGAAGACGGAAGGGACAUAGCCAGCGGUCAAGGAUGAGUUGAUCAGCGAGGUGAGGUAAGGGAGAAGGUCACCGGAGAUGGUCUGGAGAAGAGGAGGGGAUAGGGUCAAGCGGGCAGGUUGUUGGGCGGCCGGCUGUCACAAGUCGCAAAAUUUAUUCUGGAGAGAGAGGGGAGAAAGAAGUCAAAGCAUAGGGUAGGGCAGUGUGAGCAGGACCAGCAGUGUCAUUUGACUUAACAAACGAGGAUCGGAUGUCGUCAACCUUCUUUUCAAAAUGGUUGACGAAGUCAUCCACAGAGAGGGAGGAGGGGGGAGGGGGAGGAGGAUUCAGCUGGGAGGAGAAGGUGGCAAAGAGCUUCCUAGGGUUAGAGGCAGAUGCUUGGAAUUUAGAGUGGUAGAAAGUGGCCUUAGCAGCAGAAACAGAUGAAGAAAAUGUAGAGAGGAGGGAGUGAAAAGAUGCCAGGAUAACAACCUCUCCCUCAACGUGACCAAGACAAAGGAGAUGAUUGUGGACUACAGCAAAAGGAGGACUGAGCACAUCCCCAUUCUCAUCGACAGUGCUGUAGUGGAGCAGGUUGAGAGCUUCAAGUUCCUUGGUGUCCACAUCACCAACGAACUAUCAUGGUCCAAACACACCAAGACAGUCAGGAGACUGAAAAGAUUUGGCAUGGGUCCUCACAUCCUGAAAGUUAUACAGCUGCACCAUCGAGAGCAUCCUGACUGGUUGCAUCACCGCCUGGUAUGGCAACUGCUCGGCCUCCGACCGCAAGGCACUACAGAGGGUAGUGCGUACGGCCCAGUACAUCACUGGGGCCAAGCUUCCUGCCAUCCAGGACCUCUAUACUAGGCGGUGUCAGAGGAAGGCCCUAAAAAUUGUCAAAGACUCCAGCCACCCUAGUCAUAGACUGUUCUCUCUGCUACCGCACGGCAAGCAGUACCGGAACGCCAAGUCUAGGUCCAAAAGGCUUCUUAACAGCUUCUACCCCCAAGCCAUAAGAAACCUGAACAGCUAAUCAAAUGGCUACCUGGACUAUUUGCAUUGUCCCCCACCCCCUCUUUUUACACUGCUGCUACUCUGUUUAUUAUCUAUGCAUAGUCACUUUACCUCUACCCACAUGUACAUAUUACCUCAAUUACCUCGACUAACCUGUGCCCCCGCACACUGACUCUGGACCGGUACCCCCUGUAUAUAGCCUCACUACUGUUAUUUUACUGUUGCUCUUUAAUUAUUAUUAUUUUAUUUCUUUUUUACUUAUCUAUUUUUUCUUAACACUUAUUUUUCUUCAAACUGCAUUGUUGGUUAAGUGCUGGUUAAGGCUUGUAAGUAAAAAUUUCACUGUAAGGUCUACACCUGUUGUAUUCAGCGCAUGUGACAAAUAACAUUUGAUUUGAUUUGUUGUCCUCCACAUCCCAGGCAAAUCUAGAUGAAUCUCAGAUGAGCUCGUCUCCGUUCCUGAGAGCUCUGAUGACUGCUGUGUGUAAGGCAGCGGUGAAAGGUAAGCUGUCAUUCCUUUAGCUUGGGACAGUCCUCUGUUGUUUUUUAUAUAUUAUAUAGCUAGAGCAGCUCACAACAAUUUUCUCCAUCUUUGUUUCUUGUGUAGAUGAAAGCACUUCCUGUCGAGUGGAUGUAGCCAUUAUUCAGAGGAGAUUGCCCGUAUUACUCAAGUACCUUAACUCAGACACUGAGCGACAGCUACAAGCACUUUAUGCACUUCAGGCGCUGAUAGUCACACUGGAUCAGCCUCCUAGUAAGUAACAUCCCACUCAGACGUUAAACCUCAAGAUUCACUAUAAAGAUAAAGCGCAGUUCUGUCUCACACCCUGUACAGAACCAUUUUACAUGUACUUUUUUCCCCUGACAAAACUAAAAUAUUUUUUUGUCACAUACACAUUUACAUUUUUUUUACAUUUUAGUCAUUUAGCAGACGCUCUUAUCCAGAGCGACUUACAGUUAGUGAAUACAUUUAUUUAUUUAUUAUUAUUAUUUAUUUUUUUAUACUGGUCCCCCGUGGGAAUCGAACCCACAACCCUGGCGUUGCAAACGCCAUGCUCUAUCAACUGAGCUACAUCCCUGCCGGCCAUUCCCUCCCCUACCCUGGACGACGCUGGGCCAAUUGUGCGCCGCCCAUGAGUCUCCCGGUCGCGGCCGGCUGCGACAGAGCCUGGAUUCGAACCAGGAUCUCUAGUGGCACAGUUAGCACUGCGAUGCAGUGCCUUAGACCACUGCGCCACUCAGGAGGUCUUCGAUGUAGUGGCCUUAGACCACUACACCACAUCAGUGCAGUGAAAUGUUUUGUUUUACAGGGUCAGACAUAAUAGUACGGCGCCCCUGGAGCAAAUUGGGGUUAAGUGCCUUUCUCAAGGACCCAUCGACACAUUUUUCACCUUGUCGGCUCGGGUAUCCGAAACAGCAACCUUUCGGUUAUUGAACCUAUGCUCUAUACGCUAGGCUAGUUGCCGCCCUGAAGACAUCCUUUUAUGGUUUUAUCUCCUGCAGCCAUUGCUAUUAUAUAAAAAGAAUUUCUUCACCAACUUACUAUGAAAAUUGAGACUCAUUUAAAGCUAGAAUCCUUAGUUGCUACAUCCAUUUUUUGACUUAUAAAUUAAUGAUAUAUACCCAUUUAAUUAUUGAAUAAUAUAACUUAUAAAUCCCUCAUGAGCUUAGUUGAACUGUCCUACCCCAUUAGAUCCCAAAAUAAGCUUGUUUUAUUCCAAUGUUUGUAAACAAUGUAACAUGGUUAAAACUCAAAUGUUGAUAUCAUGGAUGGUUAGUCCUUGCAUACAUACAGUGAGGGAAAAAAGUAUUUGAUCCCCUGCUGAUUUUGUACGUUUGCCCACUGACAAAGACAUGAUCAGUCUAUAAUUGUUGUUAUUCUGUCUCUCACUGUUCAAAUAAACCUACCAUUAAAAUUAUAGACUGAUCAUGUCUUUGUCAGUGGGCAAACGUACAAAAUCAGCAGGGGAUCAAAUACUUUUUUCCCACACUGUACAUUACCAGUCAAAAGUUACAUUGUAGAAUAAUAGUGAAGACAUCAAAACUAUGAAAUAACACACAUGGAAUCAUGUAGUAAACAUAAAAGUGUUAAACAUAUAUUUGAGAUUCUUCAAAUAGCCACCCUUUGCCUUGAUGACAGCUUUGCACACUCUUGGCAUUCUCUCAACCAGCUUCACCUGGAAUGCUUUUCCAACAGUCUUGAAGGAGUUCCCACAUAUGCUUAGCACUUGUUGGCUGCUUUUCCUUCACUAUGCGGUCCGGCUCAUCCCAAACCAUCUCAAUUGGGUUGAGGUCGGGGGAUUGUGGAGGCCAGGUCAUCUGAUGCAGCACUCCAUUACUCUACUUCUUGGUAAAAUAGCCCUUACACAGCCUGUCCUGUUGAAAAACAAAUUAAUAGUCCCACUAAGCCCAAACCAGAUGGGAGAGCGUAUCACUGCAGAAUGCUGUGGUAGCCAUGCUGGUUAAGUGUGCCUUGAAUUCUAAAUAAAUCACAGACAGUGUCACCAGCAAAGCACACCCACACCAUAACACCUCCUCCUCCAUGCUUUACGGUGGGAACUACACAUGUGGAGAUCAUCCGUUCACCCACACCGCGUAUCACAAAGACACGUCGGUUGGAACCAAAAAUCUCCAAUUUGGACUCCAGACCGAAGGACAGAUUUCAUUUAUUUCGGCUGCAAUUUUCUGAGGCUGGUAACUCUAAUGAACUUAUCCUCUGCAGCAGAGAUAACUCUGGGUCUUCCAUUCCUGUGGUGGUCAUCAUGAGAGCCAGUUUCAUCAUAGCGCUUGAUGGUUUUUGUGACUGCACUUUGAUGGUUUUUGUGACUGCAGCCCCCCCCCCCCCCCCAUGAAGCUGGUUGAGAGAACGCCAAGAGUGUGCAAAGCUGUCAUCAAGGCAAAUGGUGGCUAUUUUAAGCAUCUCAAAUAUAAAAUAUAUUUUAAUAAUAAUAAUAAUAUGCCAUUUAGCAGACGCUUUUAUCCAAAGCGACUUACAGUUGUGCGUGCAUACAUUUUUGUGUAUGGGUGGUCCCGGGGAUCGAACCCACUACCUUGGCGUUACAAGCGCCGUGCUCUACCAGCUGAGCUACAGAGGACCACCCAGCUACAGAGGACCACCCAUUUUGAUUUGUUUAACACUUUUUUGGUUACUACAUGAUUCCAUUUGUGUUAUUUCAUAGUUUUGAUGUCUUCUAUUAUUUUACAAUGUAAAAAAAUAGUACAAAUAAAGAAAAACCCUUGAACGAGUAGGUGUGUCCAAACUUUUGACUGGUAGUGUAGCUCUGUCUAUGAAUUUGAGUGGUUACAUUUCUCUAGGCCCAUCCCUCAGCUUUUUACCAAAAUGUAGGCGGGGAGCCAAUUUAUUAUCGUUUCAAUUAAGGAGUCUUGCUUUAAGCCAUGGGAUUUGGUUAUUAUAGCACUUUCCCCUCUGUCUCUGUCUCUCCAGACCUGCUCCGGAUGUUCUUUGACUGUCUGUAUGAUGAGGACGUCAUCUCGGAGGACGCUUUUUACAAGUGGGAGACCAGCAAGGACCCUGCGGAGCAGCUGGGCAAGGGUGUGGCUCUCAAGUCUGUAACCGCUUUCUUCACCUGGCUGAGGGAGGCCGAGGAAGAGUCGGAGGAUAAU